AUGAAAUCCAUUACAAAAUAUAAUAACGAUGCUGAGAUCGACGAAUUUAUCUUGUCUGAUCAAGUUUCUAACAAAAGACAAAAGAAACCCUCUUAAGAUAAAGAUAGAUCAUAUCAGAAAUAGAUUAAUGAUAGUUUUCAAGAUGAACACCCAAGUAAAGCAAAUGAUUCCUCAAUAAAUGUCAAAGAAGCUCUUGCUAUUCAGAAUUAAGCGUAAAGAUAAGCUCACGCAAACAUUAAAAAAGGAAAAUAGGACCAAAGAACUAAGAGUAUAGGUCAUUACAUAAUAGGAAAAGCAAUUGGAGAAGGUACAUUUGGUAAAGUAAAACUAGGGACUCAUAUCCUUACAGGAGAAAGGGUUGCAGUUAAAAUUCUUGAGAAAGAUAAAAUAACUGAGGAUGCCGACGUUGAAAGAGUGGAAAGAGAGAUUAAGAUUUUGAAACUCAUCAGACACCCAAACAUCAUAUAGUUAUAUGAGAUCAUUGAAACACCUAAGCAGCUGUAUUUGAUCAUGGAAUAUGCUAGUGGAGGAGAAUUAUUCGAUUACAUUGUUGCCAAUUCAAGAUUAAAGGAAAAAGAGGCUUGCAAGUUCUUUUAGUAAAUUAUUUCAGGUGUUGAAUAUUUACAUCAACUCAAUAUCGUUCAUAGAGAUUUAAAGCCUGAAAAUUUACUGCUUGAUCAUGAAAACAAUAUCAAGCUUGUUGACUUUGGGCUUUCCAAUACUUAUGAGAAAGGUGCUACAUUAAAAACUGCUUGUGGUUCUCCUUGUUAUGCAGCACCGGAGAUGAUUGCUGGUGAGAGAUAUUUUGGUUCAAAAGUAGAUAUUUGGAGUUGUGGCGUUAUUCUUUAUGCUAUGAUCUGCGGCUAUUUACCUUUUGAGGAUCCAGAUACAGCUAAGUUAUACAAUAAAAUUCUUAAAGGAGACGUACAAAUUCCAAAGUUUGUUUCAACAAAUGGCAAAGAUCUUAUAAAAAAGGUCUUGAAUACUGACCCAGAUAAAAGAUAUAAAGCUGAUGAUAUUAAAACUCAUGCCUGGUAUCAAUAAUUUCAACCCAUUUGUGAAAACUAAGGUCUUAUUAUUGGUGAAAAUAUAAUCCCAGUUGAGCCUAAAAUAGUUGAAAUGCUUGAAUAAUUUGGUUUUAAAGCUGAUUACGCUUAGAAAUGCCUUAAUAAUAAUAAGCAUAAUUAAGUUACAACGGUAUACUAUUUAUUACACAAGCGAUAUGAAUAAUAAGGAAUCUUACCAUCUCAUUUCAACAUUCAUUCAUAAACAUAGCUUAAACCAUAAAAAGGCUAGUAAGAAGAUUAAAAAUUGUUAUAAAUAGAAGAGUAAUAUAAAUAGUAAAAGUAGUAAAAGGGAAAAGAGCAAUCUUAGACUUAAUCCAAGCCAAAUUAAGCACAGAAAUAGCCGAAUGAUUAACAUCCUAAAAAUAAAGUUAAUCUAUCAGCCAUUGAAGAUAGAGAAACAGACACUAUCAAUAAAAGCAUGGUUGAAUCCUCAAAGGAAGACAAAGAUAAGGUAAACAAGACUUUUAACAGUGGAGUACCUACUAAACCAGCUAAAGCCCCUAAAUUAAGUGUAGAUAGUUAACUUAAAGCUCGAAAACUUCUGCAAAAUUUAGAUUUCAAUAAGUUAUUUGUGAAGAGAGGAAGUGGAAGCACCCCCAAUAAAAACGAGCAAGAGAGUAAAAAAGAGGAGGAUGAUCGUAAUCAUAUUUAAACGAUAGAAAAAUCAGAAAAAAAUGCGAAUAGAAACAUAAACAAUAAAAGAUAAAACGAUAACAUUCAAAAUAGAGGCAAUGAAAACUAAUAGAAUAAGCGCACUCCCAGUAGCGUAAGAAGUAGAACUAAUAGUUUUAGUAGUCGAGGAAGUAAAAUGGGGAAUCGAAGAUAGUCAGUGUAAAAUUAAUCUUAAAAUCAAAACGCGACUUCAUCUAAAAGAAGCAGCUUAAGUUUUAGAAAUAAGUCAAACAUUCCUUAGAAAGAUGGUGAGAUUAAUCAACAUUAAGAUCAAGCUAUUUUUUCAAAUAGAAGGGAGAUUUCUCCAAUUAUACCAAUUAGACACCAAACUGGUCAUCCAUACUAACAGCCUCAGUACAAUCACUUGACCAUUUAGGAUCCAAAUACAUAGUACAUGAAUAUGAAUCCAUUCAUUGAUCAAUCUUAGCUAUAUCAACCUCCUCAUUUCCCUCAUUCUGCAGCUACUAGAAUACCUCUAAAUAACUCUCACAUUUAAAAUCAGUAACCACCUUCUUAAUUCUAUCUACCAAAUUAGCAAUCAGGAUCAAUGUAAUAAGUGUCAGCAAAUUACUUACAAAUGAAGUAAAUGGCAUAAAUUUUUCCUUAUGCACAAUCAACCACAAAUUAUAAUAAAAAUAGAGCCCCGUAUAACCGACAAAUUAUUCAAAGAAGAAAAAGCAAUCCCAGCUACCCAUAAAUGAAUUAUAGUCAAUAGAACAUUCCACCAAUUUACUCAUAAAACAAUCAAAAUUUGAUGAUCGACCCUAACCUUAACUAAGCAAUGUUCUUGAGAAAUAACUAAAUGCUUAAUAAUUCCUAGAUAUAUAUUCCAUAAAUGUAUCAAAUGGCGAUGUAAAAUGAUGGUGGCAUAAACAAAUCACAAAUUAUUAAUCCAUCGUAGCUCAUGUAAACUCCUAUUUAAAGCCAAUAAAUGAUGCAACCUUCUUAAUAAUAAUUUUAUGCAAAUUAAUUCGAAUAGAUUAACUAGCCAAGAAUGAGUAAUCACAUGCCAGUCUAAGCUCCUAUUGAAUCUUAAAUGAAGCAAAGAAAGGCCAUCUCUAAUUUCAGAAAGAAGCUUUACUCUAAAUCUAAGAGCUAAAAUAAAUCAACUAUUAUAGGACAAGGUUAACAAUCAUUGAGUGGGACAAGAAACUCUAAAGGUCCUGAUGAAUCAAUCCUUAAAAUGUCCUAAAAACAAGUUAUGAUUAAUAAUCUCAAUAAAACUACUUUUGGAGGCAAUGUACCAAAUGAUUUAAACGUAACUAGUUAAAAUACAGCAACAUAUGAGCAUGAUCAUAAGAAGAAUAAAUAGAAUAAGCCAUAAAAUAGUAAUAAUGAUAUGAGUUAGUCUAUGAUAAGUACUAGCAAUAACCCAUCCUUACCAAUCACUAUCAUUUAAACUCCUCAUGUAAAUAAUAUCAAUAACUACAAUAACUAACUCUAUUUCCAUCUUAACAACUGUAAUGGAAUGACAUUUAACUAAGAAUUAGGAGGAAAUCCUGGGGAUAUCAAUUAAAGUAUCAUGAGUGAUGGUGGUCUAGUUAAUCCUGGAUAGCACCUCAUGUAUAUGAUGCAAAAUGAUCCAGCCUUAAAUCAAGCAUCCUCCCAAAUAAGAAUGAGAAGAUAUAAAAUUCAAAACAAUAUUGACUAAUGA